CUUGUCGAAGCGAUCUCGCGAGAGGGACGCGGCAGGAGGAGGCGCGAGCGCGCCGGGCACAUCGCGAGAGCACAGCGGGCCGGCUGGGCGCGGAGCCGGCCGGGGGGCGGCCGCCAGCACCAGCCGCCUUCCUCGGCCCCCUACCGCCGCAGCGCCCCAUGGAGAAGGCUGAGGACGGGCCCCAGGGCUUCCUGCCGCCCUUCGAGCACUUCGCCACUCAGGCCAUCCACGUCGGGCAGGAGCCGGAGCAAUGGACCUCCAUGGCCGUCGUGCCGCCCAUCUCUCUCUCCACCACCUUCAAGCAGCAGGCGCCCGGCCAGCACUGCGGUUUUGAAUAUAGCCGUAGUGGAAAUCCUACUCGGAAUUGCCUGGAAAAGGCUGUAGCCGCACUGGAUGGAGCCAAGUACUGUUUAGCUUAUGCUUCAGGCUUAGCAGCUACUAUGAAUAUUGCACAUUUGUUAAAGAUGGGAGACACUGUUAUCUGUAUGGAUGAUGUUUAUGGAGGUACAAACAGAUAUUUCAGGAAGGUAGCCUCCAGAAUGGGUUUGAAGAUUACUUUUGUUGACUGUAGCAAAUUGGAAUGCCUGGAGGCUGCAAUCACACCAGAUACAAAGCUUGUUUGGCUUGAAACUCCCACAAAUCCCACCCUGAAGGUCAUUGAUAUUCAAGGCUGUGCAGAUGUCAUCCAUAAACAUAAAGACAUUAUUUUAGUAGUAGACAACACCUUUAUGUCAGCAUAUUUCCAGCGUCCUUUGUCUCUUGGGGCAGAUAUUUGUAUGUAUUCUGCAACCAAAUACAUGAAUGGGCACAGUGACGUUGUAAUGGGAUUGGUUUCAGUAAAUUGUGAUGAUCUCUAUGAAAGGCUCAAAUUCUUACAAAAUGCCCUUGGAGCAGUUCCAUCUCCUUUUGACUGUUACCUUUGCAAUCGGGGUUUAAAGACGCUGCAGAUCCGGAUGAAGCAGCAUUUCUACAAUGCACUGGCUGCUGCUCAGUACCUUGAAUCAAAUCCCCGGGUAGAAAAAGUCAUUUAUCCUGGACUGACCUCGCAUCCGCAGCAUGAGCUAAUGAAGCGUCAGUCCACUGGCUGUCCUGGGAUGGUCACCUUUUAUAUUAAAGGAAAUCUUGAACAUGCUGAAAUCUUUCUCAAGAAUUUAAAGCUUUUCGCACUGGCUGAGAGUCUGGGAGGAUAUGAAAGCCUAGCAGAACAUCCGGCUAUUAUGACUCACGCCUCAGUUCCUGAAGAGGAGAGAGAGGUUCUUGGGAUCAAUGAUACUUUGAUUCGCCUGUCAAUUGGUUUGGAGGAUGCACAAGAUAUACUGGAAGAUCUGGAGCAAGCUUUGAAAGCAGCAGUCCCAGAGCAUAUGGUUCGCAACUAGGAAUCCAAGACCUGAAAUCGGAAGCCUACACAGUGAAGGCACCCAGAGAAGAUUAAAUUAAAAGCCAAACCAAUGAUAAGUUUCUUCAGAUUUUCCUUUAAAAGUGAAAGGGGGGAACCUAAACUUAUAUUCAAAGUUUAGCUACCCAAGCAGUCUUUUUUUUUUUUUAAAGCUUUGCUCUCCAGUGACUCAACGUGGGUCAAACUUAUGCACAAAACUUGUGCUUUCAGAUGUGUCAUCCUCUUGUUCCUCCUGCUCUUAUGACUUGAAAUGUCACUCUCCUUUCUGAGAAAAGCUUGUUGAUCUGAGAUCAGCUGUGAUGUACAUGCAACAGUAUUAUAUCCGGAUCUCAAAUAUUAAAAAUUGGGGGGUUUUAUGCUGUCCAGUGGUGAGUGCAUACCGCAGUUAUGUUGGUACAGGCUGUUUCUUUCAUCAUACUGCAGAAUUUUUUUUUUAAGUCACAUUUUAUUUCUAACUGAAGAUAUAUUUUGAAUGGUGUAGGAUCAAAUUCAGACUUUUUGAAUGAGAAUAUCAAAUCUGGUUUGAUUUUGUGCAACACUGAAAAUUUAAGUCAACUGAUACUGUACUGUAAUUUUCUGAAGAUUUGACAGUAAAAUAAGCAGGAUUUAGUCUGAAUUUUUUAAAUGUAAUGUGUUAUACAUGAGAACAAUUUCAGUCUUAACUUCUGUCUUACCAAGAUAGAAUUUGUUUCUGUAUGUUUGAAUUUCUAAAGUGGAUAAUUUAAUGAAAGGGGAAAUUAAAUGGGGCAUUUGUCAGACAGACUACAAUGAUAGUUUUGAAAACAUUAAAGUUUUCACAAAGCAAAUAAAAUCUAGAGUUGGUUUUUCUUUAAAAAACUAAGUCUAAUAUUACACCACAUACUAGUUCUCUGGCCUUUUAAAACCCACUAUUUUUUAAUCUAACAUUAAAUUGUUUAGAAUGUUCUGUAUGAAUUGUAAGUGGAACAUUAGUGAAUAAAAUGAAUGGGACAAA